GUCAUGUGGAAUAAUUGGGCAACGUCGUGUUUCCUAUGACUCUCCAGAUUUAAACGAAAAACGUGUAUUAAUAGUCUUUUAGCGAUCUAAGUAACACUCCUUUUUUUCAAUAAUUUGUUACAGUGGGAAACAUGUUUCGUGUGAUCUUGGACCUGUUUGCAGCAGGAUCUGAAACAACGUCAAAUACAAUCAACUGGUGUAUACUUUAUAUGCAAGAGUAUCCGGAUAUACAGAAGAAAUGUCAGGACGAAAUAUCUGAGAACUUUGGUGACAAGGUUGUUACAUGGGCAGAUAGAGGUUCCUUGCCGUAUAUAGAAGCAACGCUGCUUGAAAUACAAAGAAUGGCAAAUAUAGUACCAGUGACAGUGCCACACACAACUGAGGUUGAUGUGACUCUUGGAGGGUACUUUAUACCGCGGAGGUCUCUGAUUAUUGCAAAUUUAUACUCAUCCAAUAUGGAUCCGCGUCAGUGGGAUCAACCAGAAAUCUUCAAUCCUAAGAGGUUUAUGGAAGGCGGGAAACUGAAUAGGAAUCCCGCACUGAUCCCGUUUUCCAUUGGUCCACGGACAUGUUUAGGAGAAUCUUUGGCAUAAAUGGAAAUGUGUUUGAUCUUCACAAAUCUGCUACAGCGAUUUACCUUCUGUAGAGAAGACGAUAACGUCAAACACUCCUUAGAGAAUAUUUUAGACCAAGCCACACGUGCUCCGAAGCCAUACAAAACUCGUGCUGUGAAGCGAGCUUAG